CAGGAGGACUGGGCACCAUACGGGACACGCAUACACACACACACACACACACACACACACUCACAAACACAUAUCCUGGCAACCACACUCAUGCUCACACAGCCAUAUCACAGAGAAAAAAGGGCAGAAAGAUAAAGCUGGAAGAAGAAAGAAAAAGGCAGGAAAGAAAGGAAAACAGGGAGAUAACGGCUGUGACAUGCAUCACCUCUUUGGACAGAGAAUUUCAACCAUGGUCUGUCUGUCUGGCCUAUUUGUGGUGUUUGCAGUCCAGACGGUAGGAGGAGCUGCACUGAAGCAGGAGGCAUCACUAGAGAACAGUGCAACUCUACUGAAUCACUCAAUGGCUCUGGUGCAGCGGAUGGAGGCCCUGCUCGCCCUCGGCAAUGGCAGUGAUGUAACUCUGCGGAUACAAACUGUCAGCACAGAUGAAGUGAAGGUGAUCCAGGCCCACUCACUGGUGUUGACACUGCAGAGUGAUGUAUUCGAUGAGCUCCUACAGAUGCGGAACUCCAGCAACCUCGUUCUCAGAGAAAGCGCCGAAUGUGCUUCCGUUUUCGAUAAGUUCAUUAGGUACCUCUACUGUGGUGACAUCUCUGUGCGCCCUGACCAGGCCAUUGCUUUACAUAGGCUAGCCAGUAAGUACCACAUAUGGGCCCUGCAGCAAGGCCUCACGCGUUAUAUGGCACAACAUCUGUCCAGCGACUCCCCAACAGGUCAUGUGGUGAGCUGGUACCAGUAUGCAGUGCAGACUGGAGAUACCACUCUAAGGGACAGUUGCUUGCAGUACCUCUCUUGGAACUUGUCAUCCGUGCUCCAGAGUGCAGAGUGGCGUUCUAUCAGUGAUGAACUUCUGCUGUCCCUCAUGCAGCGGUCUGACCUUGUGCUCCAAAGUGAGCUGGAGUUGUAUGAGGCUCUGGAGGCUUGGAUCAGUCAGAACCAGCCACCAGACAUGACAGCAGAGAGCGCAUUGCGGGCAGUCCGGUAUGGUAUGAUACCACCUCAACACCUCUUCCGUCUGCAGAAGCAGUCACCACUGAUGCUUAAGUAUUAUGAGUCGGUGCGUGAUCUUCUCUUUUUGACCUUCCAGUUUCACGCAGCCUCACCUGUCCAGUUGGCCAAGUACUUUGACGUUAACUGCAGCCUCUUCAUGCCACGUAACUACCUUUCCUCAGCUUGGGGCUCACCAUGGGUGAUUAACAACCCCACACGCGAUGACCGCAGCUUCAGCUUUCAGACGCAGUUGGGCCCGAGUGGCCAUGACGCUAGCAAGCGAGUGACAUGGAAUGCUCUCUUCUCUCCACGUUGGCUCCCACUCAGUGUCCGCUCAACCUACUCUGAGCAUGGAUCUAUGCAACCUACGCGUACUGACGGCGGACAGCCGCGCAUUAUCAUCACACCCGCCACCUCAAGUCCAGACUUUGCUGGUGUUAGCUUCCAGAAGACAGUAAUUGUUGCAGCUCGGCAGCAGGGAAAGGUUGUGGUACGCCAUGUUUACAAUUUCCACCAAAGCACAGAGGAGACUGGGGACUUUCUGGCGGAUGCUGACCUGCAACGUCGUACAUCAGAGUACCUUAUUGACAGCUCUCUCUACCUGCAUAUUAUAGUCAAGCCCAUCUACCAUAGCCUCAUAAUAGCCAAAAAAUAAAUGUGUCCAUUCUUCUUUUUGGAUUGCAUAUAUAUUGUUAAGAUCCAGUUUAGAAUAGAAUAUGUGCACUUAACCACUAUCCUAUGCCUGUUUGUUUUGUCCUAUAUACAUUUUUCCUCUGAACACUGUGUCAUUUUUAUCAAAGGUUAGUAAGUGAUCAAAAUAAGAGAAUUGCUACAUGCAAGCUUACAUAUUUAGCUUUAACAUUUAAGGACAUUUAAGACAUCAAGACUGACAGCAUUGUAAAAAGUUGUGUCUUAGCAAGUGAAAUCAACUUAAGUCUAUUCAAUGUAUCUUAAUUUAUCCCCUUUGAGAUUGUUGUAAGAAUAUAAUGGGAGAAUUUCACUUAUUCCUAGAUUCUUACUUUUACUUUGAGGUCAUUUUUUUAGCUGAUAAUUUUUUCUUGUUUCAAAACAUGAUGCAGUUAGGAUAUAUAAAUAAUGUUUGAAAAAAUGUUGAAUAACAAUUUCACUAGUUAAAAUGAUGCUAGAAAUUAUAAAAUUAUGUAGAAAUAAGUUGCAUAAUUGUAAUAAUAAUAAUUCAUGUGUAAUUUCAAUGUAUAAAUCUCAUGUUGAGAAAGUUAUUUGCUAGCUUUAGAAUGUAUAUAUUUCCCAGAAUGUCAUUUUCUGCAGUGACCUUCACACAAAAUACCCUGAACAAACCUGCAAGCUUUGUCAAAUAUGGUAGUAUACAAUUAAAGUAGCUGUUUCAGGUGUUUCAGGUAUUCUCACACAAGAUCUAUUAGCUUGAUUUUAGAAUGUGCUUAUAGCAUAUUUUUAAAUACUACUUAACGACCACAUAACUCAGAGAACCAAGUGAUAUUCAGCAGUGAAAUGUAUACGGGACAAAAUGUAUCUGUUUUGGAAAAUUUUAGUUACCACUGUAUGUAACAACAAGGCAGAUUUGUGAAUAUUUACUUCUUGUUUCCCAUAGACAAAAACAGUUACAAAAUGAGACACUUUCUCAAAGGUCCAAGCAAGCAUUAGUGAGUGUUGAUUUUGAUUUAACCUUCAUACAAAUGUGAAUUCAUGAUACAAGUCAUUCCAUUUCCCAAAACUACACCUGUAUGUCCUUACUUUAUGUACUAAACCUUAGGUUUAUGAUGUGUACCAGCUGCAGUCAUGUCUACUAUGUAUUUUAUUUCUAUGUUUUCCUAUACAUUUAUUUUUCUGCGAAGGAAAUGUUCAUUAAAGGUAGGCUUGUGUUUUGUGUUAAUUAAAGUUUCUGUUUGUUUCCUCAGCUGA